CUUUUCUUUUCCCUUUCCUUUGUUCCUACAGAGCUCUUUAGAGGGGUUUAAGAGGAAAGAAACACAGAAAGAGAAACAAGGGUUGAAUAGGUAAGAAAGAAAGACAAGAAAGUUGAAGAAGACCCAUGAAAAUUGUGUUACUAUUAGGCUUGAAUUUUGUUUUCCCAUUUUAUUUGGUUCUUAAUUUUAUUUUUCUCCACUCUCUAUGCCCAUUAAACAAUGAAACUGGCAGAUUCCCAAUCAUCCUUUCCCCUCUAUAGGAAACACCCAUCAUUGCUCCCAACCAUUCUUUUCUUUCAUGGAAACCUGAGCUUUUAAUUCAUUCCCUUAUUGAUAUUCUUCUCCUCGAUCUCCUUCCUUCUCAUCUUGUUCUGCUUCUUCUUUGUUCUUUCAAUUUAAAUAUCUCUCCUUUGUCACCUUUUCUUCUAUACCUUAGUCCUCUCCUUUACUUUCUUAUGAUGGAUCCUUCAUCCACCUCUGUCAAUGGCUUCUAUUCCUUUCUCACGCGUGGAAUUGAUGAUCUCGAACGUUCUUUCCUCUCCAACAACUUCAUGUCAAUUCAAUUCCUUCAAAGGGUUCUUUCCUUGCUUCGAUCUUUCCAUACCCAAUUAACCAUUUUGGUUCAGAAGCUUCAUCUACCUGUGGGAGAGAAAUGGCUGGAUGAGUACAUGGAUGAAAGCUCAAGGCUUUGGGACGCCUGCCAUGUCCUCAAGUCAGGAAUCUCAGGCAUGGAGAAUUACUAUUCUUCAGGAGCUGAGAUUGCUUCAACCCUCGAUGCCCAUCGCAAUCUGAACCCACAGUUAUAUCGACAGGUAAUCAGGGCAAUCUCUGGAAGUCGCAGAGAAGUUGUGGGUUUGGAAGAGGAGAACAGAGCUUUAAUGGAAAAUAGAAUCCAACCCCUGUCUCUCAGGUUCGAUGAGAAGGUCUCAAUUGAAUCCAGGCUCAAUGGGUUCAAUGGGUUUCGUGGUGUUCUCUAUGCAAUGAGAAACGUGAGCUCACUUCUUCUGAUGAUCUUGCUCUGCGGAUUGGUAUAUUGUUGGCCUGAAUCGAGCUUCAGAAGAGGAGGAUACGAGGGCUGCUUGUUCUUUGGAUCGGCUUUCAUGGUGUCCAUGGCAAGGUUGCAGCAGAGAGUCGCAGCUGAGAUCAAUCGGAUCGAUGGGCGACCUGGAAUUCUUCUGUACGAGUUCAGGAGGGCAAGGGUAGCCAUGGAUGAGGUAAGAGCAGAACUGGAGAUGAUGGCUACCCAGGGAGGACUUGGAGAGUGUGAAUCUGAAGUAGGACUAAGUGAAAGGGUGGAGGACUUGAAGGGUUGUUUUGGGGUGUUGAGAUCGGGAGUUGAAAGCAUCAUUGCGCAGCUUGAUGAUUUCUUUGAUGAGAUUGUUGAAGGAAGGAAGAAGCUUUCAGACAUUUGCAGUAACAGAUAGAGACUGUAGAGACAGAGAGAGAGAGAGAGAGAAGAGAGAGAGAGAAGACUGUUUAAAUAGAAAAGGGUAGAGAAGCAGUAGUUGUUGGGGUGGUUGAUAUGUUUAGUGAAGCAGUAGUUUUCUUUAUUUUUUGCUUGUACGUUUUUUCUAGUGUUCUCUUUUUGCAUCUACUACAGUUGAAGAUUUUGAGGUGAGCUUUAUUGAUGAAGAACAAAUCUUGAAGGUGAGAAAUUUUCGAGAAAGAGAAUAUUAAAUAAA